CGUAGAGGUCGAUAAUCUAACACGCCCUGCAAGAUGCCAGCGGUGACGACUGAGGUUAAAGAGCUGUACCUCUGUACGUCUUUGGGCGAACUGAACAAGAAGGCCGAAAUAAAGCCGGACAAGACAAGUACCAGAAGCUAUGUACAAAGUGCCUGUAAAAUCUUCAAGGCGGCGGAAGAGUGUCGCUUGGACCGCGAUGAGGAGAAGGCGUAUGUCCUGUACAUGAAAUACCUAACGGUUUAUGACCUCAUCAAAAAGAGGCCUGACUUCAAACAGCAGCAGGAUUUUUUUCAGUCUAUACUUGGCUCAAACAGUCUAAAAAAAGCCAUAGAGGAGGCUGAGAAACUAUCGGAGAGCCUUAAACUCAGGUACGAAGAGGCUGAGGUACGGAGGAACCUGGAAGAACGGGAGAGGCAGGAGGAGAAGAAGAGGAGGGGGGAGAAUCCGGGACAGGCCAUGGGCAAGGGCUCGCUAAAGGACGCCGCAGGAGCCGAAAAGGAGACAAAGAAGUUAAAAUGGGGGAAAAGGGACAAUAAGAAGGAAAAUGCAGCUGGUGCCCCUCCUGGGGGGGUCACCCCGGAGCAGCUGUUUCAGAUGAUGAGGGAUCAGUGCCUACGGAUCAUCGUCAUGGAUGCCCGGAGCAGGAAGGAUUUUGAGGAGUCGCAGAUCCAGGUGCCCACGCAGCACUGCAUCAGUGUUCCAGAGGAGGCCAUCAGCCCGGGAAUAACUGCCAGUCAGAUUGAGGCGAAACUCCCUGCGAGCUCGAGAGGAGAGUGGGACCACCGUGGAUUUGCUGACUACAUCGUCCUGCUGGACUGGUCCAGCUCAGCAGGGGACUUGAAGCUGGGGACGACGCUUCGCAGCCUGAAAGACGCCCUUUACAAGUGGGACAGCAAGACAGUGCUGCGGAGUGAACCUCUGGUGCUGGAAGGCGGUUAUGAAAACUGGCUUCUCUUCUAUCCUAUGUACACAUCUAAUGCCAAAGUCAGACCACCCAGGCAGGAGACUGUUGACAUAAUCCCAAAGUUGAAUUUCAACUACCCCUCGCUUGAGGAGCCAGAUCCUGGAGAAGACCCUGGGGAAGAGGCACCUGUGCAGGUCAACGGGGAUUCGGGCUGCGUGGAUGAUAAGGGGGUGGGACCAAAAGAUCUUGAAGCAUCAGGCAUCGCGUCUCAAGAGAAAACGAAGAAAGGCUCACCCGUCCAGUCUGGCUUCAGGACUAAACCUGUACCACAGUUUGAUCGCGCAAAAAAGCCAGCUAUCAAAAAAUCUGAUGGUGCCAGAUCCUCAAACACCUUACCUAAGGACCAGCAACCGGCGCAGAAUGGACCUGCAAUUCCAGACCGCUCUGCUAAGCCUGGUCCGAGUCCCAGGCACUCCGCAAGGGCGGAAGAGAGGAACCAUAUCCAAACGGACUCAAGCAAGCCAUCACAGGCUAAGAAAGAAGAGGAGAGGCGGAAGGAAGAUAGCAAGAAGGAAGAGGAGCAGGGGGAGGUGGAGGAGGUGGCGGAUGAAAGCCGAGGAGAAGGUAAAGAGGAGAGGCGGCAGGACAGGAAGAGGCUGGAGAGACAAGAGGCGGCUAAAGAUGAGCAGGAGGAAGAAGUGGUGGAGAGGAAAGACAGGAGAUGGCAGAGCAGCCAAAAUGCUGAGCAGGCAAAGAGCAUGCCUCUGGACUGGCCUGCCCCCAAGAGCGUAGUCAGUGAAAUCAAGAGGGAGCCGCUGACCAGGGCGAGAAGUGAGGAGAUGGGGCGGACGGUCCCAGGUCUUCCCGACGGCUGGAUGAAGUUCCUGGACACGGUGACGGGAACGUACCGGUACUACCACUCCCCCACCAACAGGGUACACCUGUACCCCCCGGAAGUGAGCGUUUCCCAGACGCCCCCAGCCACGCCUCCAACCCACAAACAGAAGAAAGUGCAGCGGCACGCCGCCGAGCCCGACAGUGACCACGCCAAACUGAAACGCUCUUACUCGUCGCCCGACAUCACGCAGUCACUUCAAGAUGAGGGACCCAAGAAGCUGCCGGCCACACCCUUCAUCAACAGAGAGAUCAAGCCGCCCAGAGUGACCCCUUACGCAAAAACCGAGAUCUCCUGGCUCUCUGCCGCCAAAAUCCGCAACCUGAACCCCAUGUUUGGGGGACUGGGGGCGUCACUGACCGGGCUGCGCAACCUUGGCAACACUUGUUACAUGAACUCCAUCUUGCAAUGUCUGUGUAACACUCCUGCCAUGGCCGAGUACUUCAAUAAGAACUACUACCAGGAAGACAUCAAUAGGUUCAACAUCUUGGGGCACAAGGGUGAGGUGGCAGAGGAGUUUGGUGUGGUUGUGAAAGCGCUGUGGUCUGGGCUGUAUAAGUACAUCAGCCCCCGGGAUUUCAAGGUCACCAUCGGCAAGAUCAAUGAGCAGUUCGCCGGCUACGAGCAGCAGGAUUCCCAGGAGCUGCUGCUCUUCCUCAUGGACGGUCUCCAUGAGGACCUGAACAAAGCUGACAACCGCAAAAGGUACAAGGAGGAAACCAUUGACCACCUGGAUGAUUUCAAGGCAGCAGAAUUAGCCUGGAGUAAACACAAGCUGCUCAAUGAGUCCGUCAUCGUAGCCCUGUUCCAGGGUCAGUUCAAAUCCACCGUUCAGUGUCUAACAUGCCACCGGAAGUCCCGCACCUUCGAGACGUUCAUGUACCUCUCCCUGCCACUGGCAUCCACCAACAGGUGCACCCUGCAGGACUGCCUGAAGCUCUUCUCCAAAGAAGAGAAGCUAACUGAUAGCAACAGGGUCUUCUGUAGACAAUGUAAGGUCCACAGAGAUGCCACCAAGAAGUUGGAAAUCUGGAAAGUUCCACCAAUUCUGCUGGUGCACUUGAAAAGAUUCUCUUAUGAAGGUCGCUGGAAACAGAAGCUGCAGACGUCGGUCGACUUCCCCCUUGAGAACCUGGAUUUGGCUCAAUAUGUCAUCGGCCCAAAACACAACUUGAAAAAGUAUAACUUGAUCGGAGUAUCUAACCACUACGGGGGACUCGACGGCGGACACUACACAGCCUACUGUAAGAACGCCCAGAAGCAGCGCUGGUUCAAGUUUGACGACCACGAGGUGACCGACGUCCCCGCAUCCUCUGUCAAGUCCUCAGCCGCUUACAUCUUCUUUUACACGGCCCUCUGAGAGGAUGGCGAGGAAGAGGGUGUUCUUCCAAGGAGCCCGCUGCCGAUGGGCCGAGCCACUGCAGAUGUAGGCAGAGGGAAGUUGCCUCUGUCUUCGGUUAAGGAGAUGGUGCAGCCUCCUGUGGAUGCGGAGAAGCCUGCACUCACGUCUGUGUCGCACGGCAGCUCUUAGAGAAUCAUCUAGAAGUUUAAUGCUUCAUCUAUUAAUACUAUUUAUAGUAGUACGCUAAGCAAGUAUAUGAGGUCUAAACCCCACAGUGUUGUCUCCUAAGCUUACGAAACCUACGCCAUUAGUCCUCAAAGCCUUCCAGUUUUUCUGAGCAAGAAAUUCUUAAAACGUUCCGAUUCCGUUCCCCCUCAGUUUCUGCGCAGCAGUCUUGCCCCAUAGCUUAACUGAAGCUUUUCCUGUACCUUUGGCCGGAGAGACCCGCAUUAACAUGUACACUGCCUAUUCAUAUGUGAUCUGCGCCGUGGGCCUCGCACAAUAACUUGCGAGCACGGUCCUAAGGGGAGAUCGGAACUUUCUAGAAAGUGACCCAAGCUUUGUUUGAAAGAGGCGCUGACACCUUCGACUGCACGGAGAAACAUCGCUCCUGUGACAGGGCCAAGCGUGAGCCCCUUGAGGGGUGACAUUUCGGGGAACCGUGGGUGCAGCCUGGGGGCCGGUUUUUUCAAACAUGUACCUGACAUUCCACGUUCGACGGCUCAUUUGAAGACCAAAUAUCCAUAACUGUCUCAGUCAGUACCGACCUGCAGUCCUUUCUCAUAACCUGACUCCCGUCUAUGCCACUCUUAGCCUGUACCCUACAACUCCUGGUUUAUGUGUUUCCUAAGCUACAAAUUAUCUCGCUGAUUGUGCUACAAGGAAAAACUUUAAUUAUUAUUCCUAUAAUGUGACUCAAAUUUGUCUACAAAUGCAAGAUUUUUUUUCCCCUGGUGGCGAAGCAUCUUCUGCAGAACAUCCAGGGCCAUUCACGUGCGCUCCGCCUGUAACAACAGCUGAAGGGCAGCCUGCCGGCAGAGCCAGCAUAUCUCAGCAGAGCAAGGGAUCGCUGUGUUUCUGCUUUUUUUCUAGUGUCCGUGUGGCAUCACGAAAGGUUAAGGCAGGUCACGGCAUGGAAGCCUCGACUGCUGUGGCAGUCCCAGUUUGUUUCAUUCAUUCUGGGGACAUACUGGUACGGGGCCCGUAACACGUGAUACUUCUCUUUAACCCCCCUCCCUCAAACAACUUAAGUACUAAAGAGAGGGCUAUAUUACUUUGUUUGGGAAACAGAGCUGCUGCAGACUGGACACCACCGCAUACCUAUCACUCCCAUAACAAUUGGUUUCCACCCCUCCGGGUCAAUAUAAGCAUUUUUUUUAAGCAUACCAUGAAGAACAGGGUGGAGUUAGGCAGCAACCGCAGUAUCACUCAAACGUUCAUGCUGCAAAAAGGUGCCUUGGAGCCGAUUAUUCCACGUGAGAGGAAGCACAAAGAGACCAAGCCCUCGGGCCGCAUUACACAGCACAGAGCACUGCGAACCCUUCACGGCUUCGCACAUGACCUAAUCUAGCAUGAAGUCAGCCAUUAAUAGUUUGUUAUGUCAAACCUGUGUCCUUCAAUGCUGUGAGACCUGUUUCCGUACAAUAUCCUAAUACAUAUUUAAGAAUGUACCACUAAUUAAAUGAAAAAUACAAAAGCACCGGUGGUUUU